AUGCCAGUUAAUUCGGAGGGCGAAGAUCUCCUCUAUAAUCUAGCUUAUGAGUGUGAAGGUCUCUUCUACCAGCUGCAAGAAGCCUUUCAGAAGACGCAAUCCGAAGUCGCAACUGUUGAACUAUGCGCCGAGUUUCAACAACGCUUCGCGGUAUGGGCAGCACAUCUCGGCGUUUUUGCUCGAAAGAGCCAAUGCCUAGACACGAGGCUCCGAAAUCAUCCGGAUCUUCAAGAUCUCGUUGCUCGGUUGCUGGAUGUCCUCCGUCGCAGCUUGCAACAAUGUACGGCGGAUACGUCUAGCCACGGGGAGGAAGAAGCAGUUCCAACAGCAGCUCUGAAAUCAAUAGACGAUACCCUCACUCGACUGAAUCGUCUAGGGGUUACCAUUCGCCAGUCCGGUCGUGGCAAGUUCGAUGCUAGAGCUAAGAAAUUCGCUGCGGGCCUUGAUCUAAGCUUAUUUGCGUUUCUAUGUGCCAACGCCGUGCAAGCUUUAUAUCCGGGUGCCCAUCAGUCUCUCAAAGACUAUCUCAGCAAAUCAAUGACAGACAGAUAUGCAAGGAUGCUAUUCUUCGGUUCUCGUCAUAAAAAACUCGAGACUCGCCGAGAACGACGCAUAGGGCUGGCACCCAUCCAUGAAGUACCCAAUUCAGAGACACAGCCAAGCAACCCCGUCAUCCAGCUGGCUGUGAUGCCCAAGAAUCCAGUUCUAGCUAACAUUUUACGGCCGCCUUCUGCACCAUCUUUAUCCGAUUUGUCUAGCGUCAAUAUGUAUCAGAUCAGAAAUCGCCUCAGACCACCAGACGAGGCAUCGACAAGGUUUCACAAAACGUCGUCGAUUCAGGUAAACCAAGGCAACUAUCCGCGACUACCCACAACGGAAAAGGGCAGUAGCAUCUUCACCUGCUACUGGUGUUCUGAACUACUUAGUAAAAAAACGCUGUCUGAAAGCGAAUGGCGCCAACACAUAGAUCGAGACCUCAAGCCUUACAUAUGUCUCUCGGAGGGAUGCCCUGAAGCACACCCAGCUUACCCUACUUUUGACGAGUGGUUUACACACAUGGAACUGCACGACUCGCGAUGGCAUCAGCAAAUUUACCUGACAUCUAGCUGGGUGUGUACCGUCUGUGAAUUCAACCAAGACGUUUACAGCAGCCCGCAAGCCUUGUAUUCUCACCUGGAAGAAUCUCAUAGUGACGAUUUCACAAACGAGCAACUCCAAGCCAUUUCACGACAGAGCAAAACAGAAGAGCCGAGAGCUUCAGACGACUGUCUUCUUUGCUGUUUUGAAGUGCAAGACAAAGGGAACACUGACGAGCCGAUGUUCCCUAAACGACGAAAAGGGCAGCCGAAGCAAGAAGCUAGCAAAAGAGCUAGGAAGACUUUGGAAAUGACGAGUCCCAAUCCUCACAACUCAGAUUUGGACCUCUCUGACAACUCUUCCGACUCGGACGGCAUGAGUUCUCAUCAGAAUAGAAGACAGCGUAACAAAGACCGUUCCAAGGCUGUAGCUCGGCAUGUUGCGGUACAUUUACAAGUACUGAUGCUUUUAACCCUACGCUUCGUCGCAGCCUUGGAACAUGAUGAUGAGGACCUGGAUGAUGGAACCAAGAGUGAUUCCGUCAAUAUCGAUGAAGGAAACAGCGCCUCAAUUGGCGGUACUGAUCUAGGAAAACUAUCUCACAUCGACUCCGAGGUAGACGUCAUAAUGAAAGAUGGAGCGGAUGAGGACGACGGAAACCAGGCGGAGGGCGCCAUGGAGCUAGAUGACGACGUGGAUGAUGACAUCGCGGAUGAAAGUAUCCCAGUUCCUGACACAGAUUUUGAUCUCAAUUUCGUCCCAAGGCAAUACGAUGAUCUCGAAGCCAAGGAUGAUAAAUUUUUAAACAUGGUCAUUGAGUCUGGAGCCUACCAGUCUUGGCGAAGCGACUUGGUGGACAUCACGGAUAUUAUCUGCGUGUUGUAUCCGCACUCAGAGGUUGCUAGCAAGGAGGCCCAGCAGCUGGCCAUGAGAGGAUCGCCAUACAUCAUCGCUAAAAAAGAUCUGGAGAACCACCCGAGCCUCUUCGAGCCUGACACCACAAGCUAUGGUGACUACGCCAUUUUACUACGGCUGUCAAGCCAAACUAAAAUCCCUGCAGCUGGUUUUGCCUUUGGAAGACAUCCUAACAGGUGUGAUAUUGCCUUCGUUAAUGAUCCGCUGCGAAGAAUCAGCAACACGCAUUUCCGGAUAUACGUCAAUGAGUACGGCAUGGUUAUGAUUGAAGAUAUGUCUACUAAUGGCACUCUCAUCAACAAAAAUCUUCUGACUUAUCGUAACCCAAAAUCCUCUAAUAAGCGACUUAUUUCACAAGGGUUAAGCUCGGGAGAUAUUAUUUGUCUCCUUCUUCACAAUGAUAUGAACGAUCUUUCUUUCCGAGUUCAAAUCCCGCACCGAGAUGAUGAGCAAGAGGGGGCAUACGUGCAUCAAGUAGGGGAAUACCUUGCUCGCUAUGCCUCACAGGCUGAGAUUGUCACCGGGCGGGGAGGUUUACCUUCAGAUAUGGACGUCGUUUUGGAAGCCGCAGAUAAGUCUUAUCGCGAGUCUAUGAUGGCGCAAAGGACUGCUUCCGAUGAAAUCUCGUCUCGCAAAGACUCCCUUCACGAAUCGGUGGUGGACAAAUGGCAGCGGCAAUCAGCCGAUGGAGUGGUUGUUAUCGAGACACGGCCUGAUGAGGGGGGCCAGGAGGAGUACCAUGACAAUCCCAAUGCAGAUGUUAGACUCGACAACGAAAUAUAUCCGGACGAUAUCCAACGGUUAAGAGUUACCCAAGAGGCUACUGAUGCGUCCGCGUCCAUAUCUCGAGAUCUGUCUUCCGAGGGCGAUCGGCCUCUGUUGAACCUCAUCCGCCCCACUCCAGUUGCUAGUCCUGCCCCUUCAAACUCCCAGGAGUUGGAUGGAGAUGAAGAAAAGCCUGAGAUAAUCCUCCAGGCUAUGGAUAUUAUUCUUGGUAAUCAUAUCUCGCGGUUAACAGAGAGCCCGUUGUUGUCCGACUUAUUAGGCAAGUGCAGGGACGCCUUAAUCUCCCUCCAGAAGGAUCUUUACUUGUUUAGCCGGAAUCAUGCUAUGGAUGCCAUAAAUAACCCUCUCCAUUCCCGCUCGCUUUCCAAUAUAUCCCGGGAUCUACAGUCCACUUUGCUCAAAGAGGAACGCCUUCUAUAUACUGGAAAGAUCAAACCUCUCGUUUAUAGCGUGGCGUUCUGCGAGGAAAUUACGAACUAUCAAAUACGCCUAGCUACUUUAAGUAGUCAACUACUCGAGGAGCAGGAGGCUCAGCCCCUUUCCGAAUCAGAGAUUGAGGCUGUUCCGCUUGAGAUUUUGCAAGUCAACGAUCAUCAUUAUAGAAAGGGUGUCCGUAUCCUUGUACGGCCUUUUCUUGAGUCUCCCGAUUUGGUCUUAAACUCUGGCGGCAGUAAUUACAAAUGGCUCGCACUUCGCGCUGAUAGGGCUCCCCCAAAUAGCCCUAAACAUAAGGUCCUGGCUAUAACUCAGGAUUCGAUAGACGCUAAAUGUACAAUUAGGAUACCUAGGUCUAUCGGAGAUGACUUAUCACGGCCGCCGUUAUGGUUUGAACUCUACUAUCAUGAUCCAGCUCGUAAUAGCAUUGCCUUCUUAAACAGGUCGGCUGUGCCUGUCUCACUCACCCGGAUGUCUCAUGCUAGCAGCAGCUUGUCACUGCAUGAAUCUUAUAUCGUUAAACCGCGUCUCCACAAGAGUCUUAGGCCGGGCACCUUUAGGCUUGAAAUGGAAGAUAUUGCAAUGCUGGACAUUCGGAUAUUGGGAAAGCGACCAACUGCCGCGAAGCCAGUUACAUCUGGCCGCGAAUUGUCUUCUGGGAAUGAGGACCCAGAAGAAGCGAAUGAGACAGAAGAUGAAUUCUUCAUCCCCCGUCUCAAAAGAGUUGGCCAUGUGGAUUUUGCGCGCGAUGGAGAAGAAGGAGAGGCACAGCGUGAGCGCCUGCGCCUGCGCAUGCUCCCGCGCCAGCGCCAGCGCAUGAAUGAGCACGCAGAUGAGUCGGGGCUUGAGCUUCCCUGGCGCAAUGUGCCGCCUUCUCCUCGUCACAACACAGACACUCGGAACUCUGAGGAACAUAGUGAGGGUGUGCCCAGCAGGGGCAGUAGCUUUAGCGAGUUAGACGAUGUAUCAGUUACACAGCCCGCUUUGGAUGAAGCUCUGGCUGAAUGA